CAAAUGUUUUCCAGUAAAGCGGGUUCUCUGUCGGUGCCUGGUGGUGAGAGGCCGUCUUUCAAGAAAGCAGCUGUUCUUUGUUGUGAGGAAACCAUAAAGACAGAGGACUGACUCAUCUGAAAUGACGCUCCAGAUGUGGCGCUGAUGCUCAUCAGCUUGAUCAACAGUUUCUGAGGAAAAGUAAAGGAUUUCUCUCCUGACAUCACAUCUUUUAACAACAUGAUGUUAUUUUUACUGCUUUUAUGUGCUGCUUCAUCACCAGAAAAACACUCGCUGACGGUUUUGGUCACUGCCUCCUCUGGACUUCCACAUUUUCCAGACUUUAUAAUCACCACCCAGGUGGACAAGCUGCCAACGAGUUACUGCGACAGCAACAAAAAUAUUAGAGCAAACCCAAAAUACGGACAAAAAUUAAUGAACAUUGAGUCACAGAUUGCUGAUUGGUAUAUUGAACAGUGUUUUGAAAUAAUGUCUGAUUAUCUCAAGGUUAAGAUGGGAAUUUUAAAGGACCUGAACCAAAGUGAAGCUGUUCACAUUUUGCAGGUUAUUAUUGGCUGUGAAUGGGAGGAAAAGACAAAAGAAACGACCUCGUUUUUACAGUUUGGAUAUAAUGGAGCAGACUUUAUGAAAUUUGACCCAAAGAAGUUGACAUGGAUUCCUCAAACUCCACAGGCUGUCAGCAUCAAACCAAAGUGGGAAGCUGAUGAAUCUGCAUAUCAUUUGAAGCACAAGGACUUCUUAAAUCAUAUAUGUCCUGAUUGGCUGAAGAAAUAUAUGGCCAAUAACCAAGUCCCUCUGCAGAGCACAGUUCUUCCCUCGGUGUUUCUCCUCCAGACGUCUCCUGACUCUCCAGUCAGCUGCUUUGCUACUGGUUUCUAUCCCAACAAAGCUGCGAUGUUCUGGAGAAAGGAUGGAGAGGAGAUUCAGGACAGUGUGGACAAAACAGAGAUCCUCUGUAACCAGGAUAACACCUUCCAGAUGAGAGCAGACAUUAAUGUUUCAUCUGUUAACCCUGAAGACUGGGAAAGAUAUGAGUGUGUGUUUCAUCUGGUGGAUGUCAGAGAUGAUGUUGUCAGCAGACUGGAGAAAGAAAAGAUCCAAACCAACUGGGGAAAGAGACAGAGACAUAAUGAUGAGGAAAAGCCCAUCGGAUUGAUAGUUGGGAUCACUGCUGCAGUGGUUUUUCUUGUCAUCAUUGUUGCUGCUGUUGGAUUUGCAGUCAUCAAAAACAGGAAAGAACCACACAGCGGAACGAAAUCGUUACAGGUUAAGUUGGACAUGGAAAUGUUCCUGCUCCUUCUUUUACUUCACUGCGUGUCAUCAGUGAAACACACACUCAUGUUGAUGGGUGUGGGUUCUUCUGGACUUCCGAACUUACCGACGUUUUGGGCAAAUAUUGAAAUUGAUGCGAUCCGAGUGGCUUACUGUGACAGUAACAGAAAAACCCUUAACUCAGCAUUCAACUCCUCGUACAGUGGAUUUUGUUUCCAUCUGCCAGAUAACUUCGCUCACAAGCUUAAUUAUUUAAAGGAUUUUCAAUAUGAAGCUGUUGGCAUUUUACAGAUGAUAACCGGCUGUGAAUGGGAUGACGUGACUGGAGAUGUUGGCAUUUUUUUAAAAUUUGCAUAUAAUGGAGAAGAUCUUCUUGAAUUGGAUGUAAAGAACUUGACAUGGAUCGCUAAAAAUCAUCAGGCUGUCAUGGUCAAGGACAAAUGGAAAAAUGACGAGGAUACUCCUUUAAAAAACUCUGUACCUUUACUGAAGAAUGUUUGCCCUGAAGAUCUGAAGAAGUAUGUGUCACAUGGUGACCAUUCUCAGCAGAAAAAAGCAGGUCUUCCAUCAGUGUCUCUCCUCCAGAGGACUCCAUCCUCACCAAUCAGAUGCCAUGUGACAGGUUUUUACCCAAACAGAGGGCAGUUAUACUGGAGAGAAAAUGGAGAGGAGAUUCAUGAAUAUGUGGAGCAUAGUGAGAUCCUUCCCAAUCCUGAUGGAACCUUCCAGAUGAGUGUUGACUUCAAUGUUUCCUCAAUCCCACUUGAGGACUGGGGGAAGUACGACUGUGUCUUUCAGCAGCCUGGGUUAGGAAACAUCACAACCAAACUGGAUAAAGCAGUAAUUAGGACAAACAGGGUUUCUCCAACAGAUUUUCCUUCUCAUGUUAUCAGUGGAGUUGUUGUGGGACUUGUGCUGCUUGUAGCACUUUGCAUAUCUGGAUUCAUCUUCUGGAAAAAGAAUAAUAAUGGAUUUCAACCUGCAAACAGAUCUGACCAAAUAGAAGAGAACGCUGAACUUCAGAGUUUUAAAGAUGAAGUCAGAACUGCUGAUGGUGACCAGACCAGUAGCAACAAACAAAACCAUGAAAAGGCAAAUGGUGCUGAGCAAAGACCUGAGACUGGGAUCCACUGAAUCCACUGGGAUCCACUGAAUCCACUGGGAUCCACUGAAUCCACUGGGAUCCACUGAAUCCCAGUCUCAGGGAUUGUAUAAUUACAAUCCUAAUUACAAUUUACUAAGUCUAUGAAGCCAAGUUGUCAUCUUUUAAUGUAAAAAUAUUUAGAAACGUUAUAACAAGUUAUGCUUGGGGAUUUAUUAAAAUUUUUGGAGGACACUUUAAUGCACUUGUUAAUCACAUUACUGAUACUUAAUUUUAUAUUUCUAUGUUGCUUUAUAAAAUUGUUAAUAAAUAAUUUUGUUUUGUGUACUUUUUUGUAGUGUUUAUACUGCAAUGUUAUACUCUUUCCGUUUUAUAAUGACCAAUUGUAAGCUUCUAAUCCUGUUGAGAAAAGGAAUGUAUCUUUUAAAAUGUUUUGAAAACUUGGAAAUGUGUUUAGAAUA